GCGAACUGAGCUUCGUGUUUUGGGCAGAAGUCUUGUGAAAAAGCUCCGCGAAUUUGUCUUGCUCGAGAGAGCGUUUCUGGACGGAUGGACAGGAUGAACAGCAGCUCGUCGUCGCCGGUGCGCUCGUCUGUAUCGACGACGGAAGUGGUCGGAGGCAGCACGAGCAACGGUGCUCUGUCAGCCGACGAUUUCCAGUUCCCGUCUGACCUCAUCUCCAUACAAGACCGCAAGGAGGAGGCAAUGCUCGUGCUGAAAGCGGAUUUAGUGGCUGCCCUGCACAAGGAGGUGAAGUCCUUGGACGAAGAUAACUGGAAGUUUGAAGCGCCUCGCUCUCGCAUCAAUCUCAUAUCUAGACCCGCAGGUGGAUUUCUUGCGAAACGGCUUGCAGUCAUGAAGAAUGCGGACUCAGCUCCUCCCAGAUGAUCAGAACAUGUAUGUCUCACAAACAGGCAGAUCAGAUAGUGGAAUCAUUGUAUGACCGAUGGCUCUUUUCUGAUUAUCAUAUGAUUCAUACUGCAUGAAAGGCUCCCUGGUCUGAAUAUGCAAGUUAGAGAAAUCGGCCCUCAAUAGGUAGACUGCUCAGGAUAUGAGGAUACUAUCUAUUUUGACGGCCUUUGAUUGGUGGAUGCUGUGACAGGCUGCGAAAGAUUGGGCAGAAGUAAAGCAUUUCGGUUUUUCUUGUCUUUUUUUUUGGUGGAGCAUGCAGCUCACUUUGUGCUUCGAAAGAUAUUGUGAGCAGGAUUAUGCUUUGGUUUGUGCAGUUAUCAGCAGAGAAGAUGGAAAACUCAUACUGUAGCUUAUCUUGCAGCGAGAAUUAAUCCCCUUCUUUGAAGUCA